AUGGAGCCUGGCAGGGGUAGCCGGACAAACAAGGGUCAGACCGCGGUGGGAUGCAAAUGUGGGGGUGUAGAAGAGGGCAGAGAUCGGCGGUCUCGGGGCAGGGGUCACCCGGGGGCACCUGGUGAUAAGGCACAGGUCCUCAGCCCGGUGCGCAUAUUUAUCGGCGCGCGAGUUUUGAUUGGUCGGCCCCUCCCUCCCCCCUCCCGGUCGGGUGGCGGCCCAACCGCUGCCGCGCCGCCUCGCGUCAUUCACAGCGACCAGGCCACCGCCAGACGCUUGAGAGCGGUGAACGAGCGCGGGUCUGUGUGUGUGUGUCGUGUCGGUGACCGUGUUGUCGUAGCCACCACCAUUGUGGAAGAGAGCGGGGCGAGGGAGGAGGCCUGGCUAGCGCCUGCCUUGGCCGACCUCAAGAGAUCUGCGGCUAUCCGUCGGUGGCUCCAGCAGCAACAACACCACAACAAACUCAACAACAAUAACAACAACUCGCCGCCGGACAAGAUGCCCAUGUUGUUGCAGCACCCGCCGCCCCACAGGCCGCUGGACUCGGAGCCCCAACCACUGGACUUCUCCGUCAAACAGUACAACCUCCACCCGCGUCGGCACAACCUCUUCCUGCACUCCAGCAACAGCGAGACCAGCGAGGACGAGGGUGUGGGUCCGCCCCCGGACAGCCCGCUGCGGGGAGACACUUCCGACGCCUGUGAUCCAACAACGAUGAGGGAGUCAAAACCAUUUUGCCGAGAUCACGGCCAGUGGAGCUUGCCCGUGCAGAGACACUUCUACGGGGAUGAUUUCAUCAACAGUGUUUACACCCGAGCCGUAGGCGGUUCCCAGUUACCCUGGCUCAAAGAGGACAGCCACUGGAUCAAGCAAGAAGAAGAUCGAAAAGCUGCCCUCCACGCCCGCCUUGGCCUACCACCUCCUUCCAGUGGAGAACGCGACCGGCCAGGCAAGGACCCCAGUCCACCGCCCCACCAGACCGAUAUCCUAGCGAAUGGUGAGGGAGAGGCGAGUAAUGACAGUUCAAGCAGUGAAGUCCUCGACUCGGUAGACUCGGAGAGAGAGGCAGCUUUAAAUCUGGUGACAGACGUUUCUCAACGGCAGACAACGAAUGGUGCCUCCAGCUCACCCAGCUCUGGAGUCUCCAGCCAAGUCACCUCCAGCAACGGCUCUGCAGCCAGUGUCCAGGCAGCGUUGGCAGCACUGCAGACAGGCCAGUUGUCCCUCAGCCAGCUGAUGGGUCUGGGAGCUGCUCAAGGACAGCAACUGCUUCUGCAGAACCAGCUGUCGGGACUGCCACUACCCAACUUGUCCCAGUUGGGCGCUGCGGAGUUGCAGAGUCUACAGCAAACUCUCCAGCAGCACCAGCACACUCUGCAGCAACAACUGCAGCAGUUCGUGCUCUUCCAGCCUGGUGCAGGAUCACAGCUGCCUGCACAAGCUCAGUUCUUUCUCCAGAACCAGGGGCUGUUAUCUCACGGCUACUCGAGGCAAAACCUGCCGUCUCCCAGAGUCUCCCACUCGGUACAGGUUCAGCAAGCCGUGGCACAGGCUGCCCAACAGCUUCAGCAGCUGCAGAAGCAGCAAUCGUCACAGUCCACACAGUCCGGCAACCACGGCCACCAGACCCAUGGGCUCGGAGGUGGCCACCACAUAAAGAGUCCCCCCUCCAGAUUGCUGGACACGGAUGAAACCACAGAUCUUGAAGAGCUUGAAACGUUCGCCAAAACGUUCAAGCAACGCAGGAUAAAAUUAGGUUUUACUCAAGGGGAUGUCGGACUGGCGAUGGGAAAACUCUACGGAAACGACUUUUCCCAAACAACCAUCUCCAGGUUCGAAGCACUGAACCUGUCGUUUAAAAAUAUGUGUAAAUUGAAGCCGCUACUACAGAAGUGGUUAUUAGACGCUGACAAUUCGGUCAAUAACCCUAAUUCGUUAAGUAACCCCUUGACUACGCCCGAAGCCAUCGGAAGACGUAGGAAGAAAAGGACAUCGAUAGAAACAAGUGUACGAGUAGCAUUGGAAAAAGCAUUUUUGCAAAAUCCAAAACCCACUUCAGAAGAGAUUUCACUGCUGGCAGACAGUCUUGGGAUGGAGAAGGAAGUCGUCCGAGUUUGGUUCUGUAAUAGGGCAUGGGCUGUGGGGCCCGCUCCGAGACUCCACAAAUUCCCGCGGCAGAAAGAGAAGAGAAUAAACCCGCCGACAGCAGCGAUGGGGUCUCCGACAUCACCGAUGUUCGCUGCAUCACUGCACCCCUCCAGCGGUAUGCAGGCUCCCUCCCCCCUCUCACUGGUGUCCCCCCCGCCCCCCCAUUCGUACCAGCCUCGCCCGGAAUGACCCUGGUACCACUCACCGGUGCUCCAAGACUGACCGUGUCGAGUGGACUUCUGAGUGACCAUCCCCUCUAGCUCUCCUCCUCUCCACUGUCCCGACCAACAACACCACUUGUGAUUUCACAACGUAGAUAUUAGUUUGUUAGUAAAGAAAUAUUCCUCUGUGUAAUAGGUAUUACACAGAUAAUUUAUUUAAAAUCAGUUUUAUCAGUUCUAAGGAAUCCACUUUCGAAAGUUUAAUUUUUGAAACACAAACCGUGAAACCGCUAUAUAUCUUUUCUCACGUCGCAAAAUCCUUUACGAGACUGUCGAAUACUGAAAUUCGUACAAUUUAAUCCUUGAGAAAAUACAAAGCUUAAAAUUUAAUUUCUCGUAAUUUUGUACUGUUUUCAUUUAUUUCUUUAUGACUAAUUCACGAUGAAAUACUAAAAGAUUACAAUUCAAAAUCCGUACAAAAAUAAUUGUUUUUGUAAUUUUUCGACCAACUAAGAUCAAGGAAACAUCUACAGCGAUACAAUCAUACAAAAUUAGAUUUUCAUACAAACACAGAUUCUAUUACUCAAUGAAAAUCUAAAAUGUACAUGAGGAAAGGGAUGUAUACUGCCAUUUACAGAGAUAUGAGAUACUGUUCGUUGGUUUGAACGGUUCUGAAAAAUAGUCUAAAUAAACGUCAAUGUAAGUAAAAGAGCUUUAUAAAUAUGAUUGAAAAUCAUAUUACCAUUUUCUAGUCGAAGUUUCUUAUAGUUUGGUUUCAAAUGUUAUUAUACAGAGUGUUUCCAAAACUGAGUUGAAAAAUAAAAACACACGUUCAAUCAAAUCUCGAACAAGACUAUAUAAUGAACAUAUACUGUAAAAUGUACUCCUUUUUAUAUGCAGCCCACCAAAUAUUUAGAAAUAAUAUGUUUCACCCAGUAAUUUUCAAAACUACGCAUAAAGCUUGUGUUUCCUUCCUUCUGAUUUUGAAGUACAACGCUCUGAACGUUAUUUUAAUGAAGUUUCAAGGCGAGGAUAUAGAACAAAAAUAAUAAAAUUCCUUCUUCCCGUUGAAAUAAUGUUUAGAAUUUUUUAUCUCAGAAUAGAAGGAAUGUUAAAUAACAUUAAAAUAUGAUUAUAUACCGAUUUUCAUAGAUUCUAGAUGCAACAUCAAAACUAUUGUGGUGGAUGCAUUACAUUUUCAAAUAUUAGCGGGCUUCAUCUCAGAAGGAGUGCAUUUUAGGGCACGUGUUUCGGAUUAGAAGGCUUUUUUCAGGAAUAGAAUUUGUAGUUUUAUUUUCGACCAGAGUUUUCGGAACACUUUGUAUAAGAAGGCAGUGACUGUAAUUUAUCAGAAUAUUUAGUGUUAACUCUUUUCUGUACAUAAUUAUAUUUAGAAUUCUUUUCACGUUAAUUCCGAGUAAUGUUUGUAUAUAUGUUAAUUAAGUAAUAUUGUAUUGUGAAAUAUUUCAUUAAUUCGCACUUCACAGUGUUUCUCAACUAAUGGUUUAUCAUUGUGUUGUUUAUGUUUCACAUAUCUGUACACUCGUGGUGAAUAUUGUUUAUAUUUGUUCGUACUGCCAACUAAAUGUGAAAUCACGACUUGUGUUGUCCCCCCCACCGAGGUGGGUUCCCGGCCAAAUGACAAUGCCAAGUGCGCGUGGGGUAUGCGAGUGCAAUUCUUACAGACUUCUCACUGUAUACAUAGAUAUACUAUUAUUACACUAAUUUAUAAUUUACCAUAAUACAAGGGUAAGUCUAGUGUUUAUGUGGUAUGUACAGAGAAAACAACAUUCCUUUUGUAUAUAUUUAUAUAUGUAGUACACGGCAGCGUAACUUUGUCUAUACGCUCGUUUCCUUCCGUCACGAGCAUUGUAGAAAGUUGUAGAUAGUAAAUAGCGCACUCAUCGUUCUGUCUUAUCACUUACAAGAUUUUUGUAGUUAUUAAAGUCUUUUUAAAUGAGUAAUGCAAUUAUUUGUACAAAUUAUAUUAUUGUGAAUUUUAAAACUCAUCAAUAUGAACUCUGCUAGAGAAUCGUUUAAUUUUUAAAAAUCACCCAAUGUUGUGUUUCAAUAAUUAUUUAAACCUAUUAUUAAUGUAAUUACAUUAUGUGUAAAAUAAGCAAUAACCACAACAUGUUUUAAAACUUUAGAUUGUUUUAUGUACAAAAUUUGCAUAAUUGGUUAAAUAAAACGUGAAAAACUUGCUUUAUUGUAUGUGAGUAAGAGUUGAUUGAUCAAAUUCAACAUUUUAACUCAAUAAUUUUUGCAGGUAAGAUACUACAGUUUAUUUACUUAUAGAAAGAAACCAAUUUUCUGUCCAAUUAAUUUGUUGUUUUAGUGAAUAAAUCUUGUAACCGAUGAGACAGACCUAUGGUUGCAGAACGUUUAUAUUGUAUCUGCGUAAGAAGGACGCGUCGUAAGCACAACUUGGAUGUCCCAAAGAUUCCACAAUUUGAGUAGAGCGUUGAUGAUCUCAUGUAGUUAAUCUCAACACUUUUGUGUUUUAUCCAAAAAAAAAUACUGUAUAGAGUAACAUUGGUUGUUUCGAUCCAUCUUGCAGUCUUCCACACAAAAAAGGGAAGAGCCGAAGUUCCUAGAUCACACGGAGUUCUUUACGUCUACAAUUGUUGCAGUAAACAAUAUUUUUUAAGAUUAGGAGUAAUUUUAUUGUUUAUGUGUAAAGUUUAUUGAUCAUUUGUAAUAUUCUGUUACGUUUCUAGAUUGUUUCCCCCGAAGUAUUAUUUAAAAAGCUUGUUUCCACUGAGAGGACCAACUUUAUAAGGAAAAGUUCCUAUUUGUCUACUGGCAAACGCGUAGUCUGUAUGUUUUUAGUUUAUGUUUAUUUAAUUUAUGUACGACUGAUUUUCGCUUUUAUUCUGUGUCAAAUAUUUAUUAUUUCCACUCUUUCUUGUUUAUUGUGAAUACUCAAAUUUUUGUAAUAUUUAUGUUGGCGAUUCCAUUUUCUGUUACGGCUUUAGUUUACAUUCUACGAGAUACUUAUCAUAUUCUCAACGUUUAUUGCAUAUUAAAUUAUGUUUUCCACAGUU